AUGGACAUCCAGAACAGCACCGAGGAGCUCUACUUCAUUCUGCUGGAGCUGUCCCAGUACCCCAGGGCUCAGACCGUCUUCUUCUGUUUGCUCCUCAUGUCCUACAUCAUCACCCUUCUGGGGAACAGCCUUGUGCUGCUCCUGAUCUGCUAUGACCCCCAGCUCCACAUGCGCAUGUACUUUUUCAUCAGCAACCUGUCCUUCCUGGAUAUGUGUUACAUCACGUCCAGUGUGCCCCAGACCCUCAUCAACUGCUUGGUGACCAUUCCCGCCAUCUCGCUAGGACAGUGCUUGGCCCAGAUGGCUGUGGGGCUGUACCUGGGUGUUGUGGAGUGCCUCCUGCUGGCCGCCAUGGCCUAUGACCGCUGUGUGGCUAUUGGUGACCCCCUGCACUACUCUGUGCACAUGGGGCCCCGGCUCUGUGGCCUGUUGGCUGGGACUUCAUGGACUGCAGCCUUCCUGCUGACAAUGGUCCUCGUAAUGACCAUGCCCUUGGAAUUCUGUGGUCACCAAGUCAUCAACCACUUCUCAUGUGAGCUCCUGGCCCUGCUCAAGCUUGCCUGUUCUGACCUGCAUUUCUAUGAGUUGAUCAUGUGAAUCAGCGCCCUGGCCCUGUUGGCUCCUUUUGCCUUCGUUGUGGCCUCCCAUGGAUGGAUCCUGGUGGCUGUGCUGAGGAUACAGUCCACAGAGGGCCGUGGCAAGGCAUUUUCCACCUGCGGAUCACACCUCAUAGUGGUGGCCCUGUUCUAUGGCACAGCCAUCUCCAUGUAUAUGACGCCACAGGACAAGACCACCCAUGACCGAGACAAGAUCAUCUCCAUAUCCUACGGCAUCCUCACCCCCAUGAUGAACCCCUUCAUCUACAGCCUGCGGAACAAGGACGUGAAAGGGGCCUUCAGGAGACUGUUGGGGAGAAGGACUGACCUCUAA